AUGGCAGGAGGUGGAAAGGCAGAUGAACCAGCACCACACCCACCAAAAGAUCAGCUCCCAAAUGUUUGUUAUUGCAUAACAAGCCCUCCUCCAUGGCCCGAGGCAAUCCUUCUUGGAUUUCAACACUAUCUCGUGAUGCUCGGGACAACAGUUAUCAUACCCACUGCCCUUGUUCCUCAAAUGGGAGGAGGAAAUGAGGAGAAAGCUAAGGUUAUUCAGACUCUGUUGUUCGUUGCUGGUUUGAACACCCUGUUGCAAACAUGGUUCGGAACAAGAUUACCUGCCGUUAUUGGGGGUUCAUACACAUUUGUUGCACCCACAAUUUCAAUUAUCUUAUCCGGUAGAUGGAGUGACCCAGAUCCCGUAUCGAGGUUCAAGAAGAUCAUGAGGGCCACUCAAGGUGCACUUAUUGUGGCAUCAACCAUUCAAAUCGUGCUUGGUUUUAGCGGUCUAUGGCGCAAUGUUGCAAGAUUUCUGAGUCCACUUUCAGCUGUUCCUUUGGUUGCUCUUGCUGGUUUUGGGCUCUAUGAAACUGAUCGUUCGGGUCUAAUUAAUGCUGCUCCAUGGAUAAGAGUUCCUUACCCUUUCCAAUGGGGUGCUCCCUCUUUCGAUGCUGGUGAAGCCUUUGCCAUGAUGAUGGCUGCAUUUGUUGCGCUUAUCGAGUCAACUGGUGGCUUUAUUGCUGUUUCCCGAUAUGCAAGUGCAACUCCAUUGCCACCAUCCAUUUUGAGCCGUGGUAUCGGCUGGCAGGGCAUUGCUAUUCUUUUGUCGGGUUUGUUUGGGACGGGUAAUGGAUCAUCCGUAUCCAUUGAAAAUGCUGGCCUUUUGGCACUGACACGUGUCGGCAGUCGAAGAGUAGUGCAGAUAUCUGCUGGAUUCAUGAUUUUCUUCUCUGUUCUUGGGAAAUUCGGGGCCGUUUUUGCUUCAAUUCCAGCUCCUAUUGUGGCUGCAUUGUACUGCCUCUUCUUUGCUUAUGUUGGUGCUGCUGGUUUGAGUUUUCUUCAAUUCUGCAACCUAAACAGCUUCCGAACCAAGUUCAUAUUGGGCUUUUCUAUUUUCCUUGGCUUAUCCGUGCCCCAAUACUUCAACGAGUACACGGCUAUUCAAGGAUAUGGGCCUGUCCACACAUCCGGCAGAUGGUAA